AUGAGCGCUAAGAGUGAUACUCGCAUUCCAAAGCCACCAAAGCCACCGGAAAAACCUCUCAUGCCUUAUAUGCGUUAUAGUCGCAAGGUAUGGGAGCAAGUAAAAAAUUCUAACCCACAUUUGAAAUUGUGGGAAGUGGGUAAAAUAAUCGGACAAAUGUGGCGGGAAUUACCGGACGACGAAAAGACGCUUUAUGUAGAGGAGUAUGAUGUGGAAAAAGCUCAAUACACCGAAGCAUUGCGACAGUAUCACAGCUCGCCAGCCUACCAGGCUUGGUUGGUAGCUAAGGAAAGAGCGGAAAAAACUAUGGAGGAACAAGAUCAAGAACGAAAGCAAUCAAUGGCACGAAUGCGAGAUCGCAGUGGAGAUGUUCCCCAGGGUGAUUUGCGUGAAUCGUAUAUUCUUGAAGAUAACGAAGAAGACACUGAAGAUCAAUACACCGCAAAGCAUGUAGCCGCCGCACGGUUUCAACGGAAUCAUCGUUUGAUGCAAGAGAUUUUGAGUGAUUGUCGCCUACCUGACCCCGGUCAGUUGAUUACUCAAAGUCGUUUAAACACCCUGCGGUUACAAGUGGAACAAUUGCGCAACCAUAAGCGCAACUUAUGUCAAGAAAUUGAUGGUUGUGAAGCCAGACAUCGGGCGAAGAUUCAGAAAAUUCGAGAGGAUUCGGCUAAGUUUGUAGAAGAAUACGAGAAAUUGACCUCUACAAGACCGAUGAUUAAUGAAUCACAAUUCGCUGAAAUGAUCGUGAAGGCCAAACGGGACCUACAAAGAGAAGAGGAAGAACGCGUUUCUCGCUACUUGGCUGAUGUGGAGAUGAGGCGUCGCAGACAGCAACAACGCCAGCAGCGCGAAGCCGAGCUGGCAGCAGAGGCGGAACGUCGCCGACAACAGGUGCAACAACAGCAGCAGCAACAACAACAGCAAAUGCAUCAGCAGGCACAANUCGAUUCCAAAGCAGAACCAGUGCCCCAUGGGAUGCCGAAGCCGGUACCACCGAGUCAGAGCCCGAAACCUAAUGCCGCUUUGUCGGAUUCGGCCGUACCCUCAUCGACCAACGCGCCGUACCCAACUGCAGUUCCCGGCGCAUACCCCCAAACGGGUGCAUCUCCUGUCCCUCAUCGGUUCCCACAAUCGGGGCACACUCAGCAUCACUAUCCGCCUCCUCCAAGUUAUCCACCGACAGCAAUGUCUCCAGUGGCCCAAUCUGUGUCCAUGUCACCACAAAGGGGCCCGACACCGUUGCAACAGCAGCCAACACAAAUACCUGGUGGACUACCCAAAGCCUCACCUUUGACACAAGCAAAGAAAAUGUCCUCAUCUGGCUCAUCCACAUCAUCUGCAUCGUCCGCCUCUUCGACAUCAUCGAAGAAAAAGCGCUCUGACCCAGGGGCAGUCGCCAGGGAUAAAAAAGGUUCAGCUGAUGGUACUAUGUCUUUACCUGGUGGUCCGCCUGAACGUCGUGCCCCGAUGCCAGUUGAAGGACCACCCGAGCAAAUUCGGCCUGGAGAAAUGCCUGUACCGGGAGGUGAGUAUAUCCAGCCGCCCAAUAUGCCUAUGGGAAUUCCUCGUCAUCCCGGUCCUGCGUAUCCGCAGCCUCCAUCAAACGUCCCCGCUGUUGGAGCCAUGCCUUGUCAUCCCAUGCCAACAGGGCCCCCACAGGGCACUUUUGGAUAUGAGCAUGCAGUGUCUGCUGGCUCUGGUAUGCCCCCGACAGGCUAUUACCAUCAUCCCGGAGGCAUACCGCAAUCUGCUGGUCAUCCACCGGGUUAUCCUCCUCAUAUCCGACCACCUUUUGGGCAACAUGGAGGUUACCCGGGUCAUCAGUAUGCUUCUUCGCAGUCGCAACACACAGGAGAGCAUCCGCCACCACCACCAAUGUAUCCGGGGCCAGGCGGGCCCGUUGGUUAUCCACCCCACGCAGCACGCCAUACUCCUACGGGCUAUGUGAUUCCACCUCACAAUGCGGCACCCCAUCCAGGUGCGCAACACCCGCAUCAACAAGGCGUUCCGGUGUCAUCUUCUAUAUCAGAAAGUAGUGUUUCUGGUCAACAGCAAAUCCCUGCUCCUCCACCUUACCAACAACAGCAACAACAACAAUCGAACGUGCCUCAGCCCUAUUGGUCUGGGCCCCAUCAUAUCCCUCCGGAAUAUGGGGGUUCAGGUCAACCUCCAUCUCACCAAUACAUCUCCACUUCGCACGCAGAUGGAGCACCUGUUGCGCACCCUCCAACUUCAGUGGAAAGUAUGGCACCAGUGCAUCCGCACUCGGAAUCAGGACCGGGACACGCGAACGCCCCACCACACCAAAGCAAUAUGUAUUAUCCGGGUAAGAAUGCACUUCUGCCAGCGCCCAUAGAAUCUGAAAAUUUUAAAUCUUUCACUGGUUUUCUGUUCCGCUAUUCUCUAAGUUACCCACAUCCUUCAAUGCAAGGAUCUUACGGCUCUCCUGGUGGUUUCUACGUUUCGGCACAACAACAAGGUGGACCUUAUCCACCCCCUCCACAUGCUGCUCCUUCUGCCGGGGGUCCAUGGCCCGGUUAUCCUCCCCACAUGGGCCCACCGCAUUCUCAUGGAUAUCCCGCGCCACAUCCUCAACAACAACAACAGCAGUCCAUGUCCCAAAUUCCUCAAAGUGGUGUCAGUGGUUCUGUCCCAUCUAAGGGCGACUCCACUGGACCUCCCGUAUCAGUAAUGGAUUCUUCGGCAAUUGGUAGUACUGGCGGAAAUGCAUUGGGCGGUACAAGUCGACCUCCUUCAGCCAGUAGUCAAAAUCAGCCACAGUUGUGA